AUGCAACUUUGGCGAACAGCGGCUUUUUCACAAAAUGCAUGGAACGGCAACAGAGAUAUGGUUAUGCUUGAAGCGUAUAACCGAGUUUUCAACGAACGAGUUCACUUUGCCGGAACUGGGCGUGGUAUCAGGAUGACCAUCAAAACCGUAGUGCUCAUUGGUCUGGCCCCUCUCUGUGCAGCUAUCUUGGGUGUCCAGAAAAAUGAGCUGCGUUCGGCCGACCUCUUAGACGGGUUGUGGACUUUCGUUAGGGAACGAAGUAAUAGUGAUGAUGUUGGCUUAAAGGCUGCAUGGUAUGCUCUGGACUUGACGAAGUUUUUAAACGCUACAGUAAUGCCAGUGCCAGCCGCCUUCAACGACCUGUCCGCAGACGCAGAACUGCGCGAUCAUGUCGGAUGGGUGUGGUACCAGACUUCGGUGAUCAUCCCUGAACGCGAUAUCGGGCAACGAAUAGCUUUACGAUUUGGAAGCGUUAAUUACUACGCAAAAGUGUACUUUAACUCGAAAGAGGUGGGAUCUCAUGUCGGCGGACAUUUGCCGUUCGAAUUCGAAGUGACUCACUUAGCGUUGGUUGGUAGGGAGAAUAAGAUUACGGUAGCCGUGAAUAACACUCUCUCAUGGGCAACUAUCCCACAAGGAGACUUUAAUUAUAUGCGCGAUAGUACCCGGAAUAUUAGUGGUAGAAAUAUUUCUCGAACACCGGAAGGCGCAUUCAAGAACAUAGGAAACUUUGAUUUCUUCAAUUAUGCGGGUAUCCUGAGAUCAGUGCAUCUGCUGAAGCUGCCACAAAGUCACAUUGUUGAUGUAAGGAUCCUCGCGGAACAUUUGGGAUCAUUCUCCUACGAAGUCGUACUAAGUCAAAAUCGAUCAGAUGAGGAUGUUUUUGUACGGAUGUACGAUCCUGACGGGACUAUGGUCUACUCUGCAAGAGGUCUCGAACAGAAAGGUGCACUGUCGGUUGUGAGACCAUGGUGGCCAAGGGGAAUGGGUUCUCCAGAAUUGUACACAUUGGAGGUAGAACUGAUUGUUCCAUUAGAGCAAUUGCGCUUAGACGUCUAUCGACAGAAGUUUGGCUUUCGCACCGUGGACUGGACAAAGACACAAAUUCUCAUCAACGAGAAACCGUUCUACUGUCUCGGAUUCGGCAUGCACGAAGAUUUUGAGAUCCACGGGCGUGGUUACAACCCAGUAGUGAUGACAAAAGAUCUGAACCUACUCGAAUGGAUGGGCGGUAAUUGUUAUCGCACCACACAUUACCCGUAUGCGGAAGAACGAAUGGCUGAAAGCGAUCGUCGUGGAAUCGCUGUUGUUGUGGAGACACCGGCUGUGGGUCUGAAAGGUUUCUCGAAGGAAAAUAAUCUGUUGCAUUUGAAAAUGUUGGAGGAGCUAAUCGAGCGGGACAAAUCUCAUCCAUCGGCGAUAAUGUGGAGCUUGGCAAACGAACCAAGAACUGAGAAAAAGGAAUCCAGGGCCUAUUUCAAGAAUCUCGUCGAUUACGCCCAUGCACUUGAUAAAACUCGUCCAGUAACUAUUGUUUACGGCCCUACAAACUUUGACAACGAUCAAACGGCGGAUCUACUCGAUGUAAUCAGUGUGAACCGCUAUUACGGCUGGUACAUCGAUAUGGGCCAACUGGACUGGAUCAAUCAAAGCGUCUAUUGGGACAUCGCGCAAUGGUCGGAGAGGUAUAAACGACCAAUAAUGGUAACCGAGUACGGAGCGGAUAGUUUGCCGGGAUUGAAUCAGGAACCGUCGGUAGACUUUUCGGAGCAAUAUCAGAAUGAUCUCAUUGUACGAACACAUCACGCGUUCGACGCUCUACGCAAAGAUCAUCACCUCGCUGGCGAGAUGAUUUGGAACUUCGCGGAUUUUAUGACCGGCAUGACAACUACCCGAGCUGUCGGCAAUCACAAAGGCGUUUUCACGCGGUCGCGACAAGCAAAAAUGGCGGCAUACACAUUACGAACGCGUUAUUUAUCGCUUUUUAAUCAAACAAAUCUGGAAUUAUGGAAAUAA